CUCUACUGUCUGAGAGUUUAUUUGAAGAGGCUUCAUCUUUAGUCUGACUUAGAGAAGAUUCUAGAUGAUUCUAGAUGGUUAUUUAUAUCUAUAACGGGGCUGUGAGGAGGACUAUCAGACCAGAGAAGAAGAAAAAGAAGUCUGACCGUAGAAGAAGAAGUAAAUAACCGGAUUAUUCCCUCCGUGUUCGGUGAUGGGAGCUGUACUGGGAGCCUUCUCAUUGGCCAGCUGGGUGCCAUGUCUAUGCAGCAGUGCCACCUGUCUGCUGUGCAGUUGCUGUCCGAGCAGCAGGAACUCCACAGUGACCAGGAUUAUCUACGCCUUCAUCCUGCUGCUGGGGACCAUCGUGGCAUGCAUCAUGCUAUCACCAGGCGUGGACCGCCAGCUCAGGAGGAUUCCAGGUUUCUGUGAGGACGGCGCCGCCUCGAACACCCUGGGCCUGCAGGCUGAUGUGAACUGUGAGAUUUUUGUGGGUUAUAAAGCGGUGUAUCGAGUCUGCUUCGGAAUGAGUCUUUGGUUCCUGGCCUUCUCCGUUUUUAUGAUCAACAUCAAGAACAGCAGAGACCCCAGAGCAGCUGUUCACAACGGGUUCUGGUUCUUUAAGUUCGCAGCUCUGGUGGGGAUAACAGCUGGAGCAUUUUACAUCCCAGAUGCCCCAUUCACCUACAUCUGGUUCAUUGUGGGCUGUGCCGGGGCGUUCUGCUUCAUCCUCAUCCAACUCGUUCUGCUGGUUGACUUCGCUCACUCCUGGAAUGAGUCCUGGGUCGACAACAUGGAGAAGGGCAGUUCCCGGGGCUGGUACACAGCUCUGCUAGUGGUCACCAUCCUGAACUACAUCUUGUCAUUUGUGGCUGUUGUUCUCUUCUUCGUCUUCUACACUAAGCAUGACGGAUGCACCGUUAAUAAAUUCUUCAUCAGUUUCAACAUGCUGUUCUGCAUCGCAGCCUCUGUUGUCUCUGUGCUGCACAAAGUCCAGGAGUCUCAGCCUCGCUCUGGUCUGCUGCAGUCCUCCAUCAUCACCCUCUACACCAUGUUUCUCACCUGGUCGGCCAUGACCAACGAGCCAGACCGGGAGUGCAACCCCAACCUGCUGAGUAUCUUCCAGCAGAUGGCAUCCCCGACCCCGCCUCCCCUGGAGAUGGAGAACCAGACAGCGGUGCUGAUCAUCGGCACAGAGGAGCCGGUCCUCAGCGCCCCCUACCUGCAGUGGUGGGACGCACAGAGCAUUGUUGGACUGGCGAUUUUCGUCCUCUGUAUCAUCUACUCCAGCAUCCGCUCGUCCAGCACCAGCCAGGUCAACAAACUGACCAUGGCGUCCAAAGACUCGGCCAUCUUGGCGGAGGGUGGCAGCAGCACAGACCUGUCAGAGGACGUGACAGGGCCGCGGCGGGUGGAGGAUAACGAGCAGGACAUGGUCCAGUACUCGUAUUCCUUCUUCCACUUCAUGCUGUUCCUGGCCUCGCUCUACAUCAUGAUGACCCUCACCAACUGGUACAGUCCUGAUGCGGACUACACCAUCAGCAGUAAGUGGUCAGCCGUCUGGGUGAAGAUCUCAUCCAGCUGGGUCUGUCUGGCGCUCUACGUAUGGACACUUUUGGCGCCCAUGAUCCUCACCAACAGAGACUUCAGCUGAGCCCACAGUCUGCUAGGACCACACCACCAACAGAGACUUCAGCUGAGCCCACAGUCUGCUAGGACCACACCACCAACAGAGACUUCAGCUGAUCCCACAGUCUGCUAGGACCACACCACCAACAGAGACUUCAGCUGAGCCCACAGUCUGCUAGGACCACACCACCAACAGAGACUUCAGCUGAGCCCACAGUCUGCUAGGACCACACCACCAACAGAGACUCCAGCUGAUCCCACAGUCUGCUAGGACCACACCACCAACAGAGACUCCAGCUGAUCCCACAGUCUGCUAGGACCACACCACCAACAGAGACUUCAGCUGAUCCCACAGUCUGCUAGGACCACACCACCAACAGAGACUUCAGCUUCAGGAACAGGUUCAGGUCUACAGCUGCUGCUGACGCCAAAAAAAGGAUCCUUCAUGUUGUUUUCAUGUUUUCAUGUUUGGAUUUUCUGAAAUUAAAAACAUUAUAAAGGGUAAUUAAAUGCCAGAUAUGAAAUCACAAAAAUAUUUUUGUAACCCAUGGGCAAAGGUUGACUUUCUUCUUUCUCAACAUUAUUUUUGUGAUAUUUUAACUUUUUCUUUCCUGUUGUUUAUUUUCAGUUUUUUACCUCUAUGUUCCUCUUUCACAAUAUCGCGACUUUCUUCCCACACAUAAUUUAUUUUUAAAUGCUGUGACUUUUUCUCUUCCAUUGUUGAUUUUGUUAUAUUAUGACCCCGUCAUUAUUGUUUCCUUAGGUUUUUUCCCUCUUUGUUGUUUUUAUAAUAUUGCGACAUUGUUUUUCAUCCUGUUCUUUGUUUAGUAAUGUGACUUUUUCUCAUUCAUUAGGUUUUCUGUAAUAUUCCAUUUUUUUUCUCCUCUCAUUUUUUUGUAAUAUUGUGACUUUUUCCUCUUGUGUGGUUUUUGUUCUUCCUGUUGUGUUUUGUUUGUUUGUUUGUUUUAUUCCGAUUUUUUUGGCUCUCAUCCUCCAGCAGUGCCUUAAUAACUUUUAUAAAAUUUCUUUGUGUUUUAUAUGAACACACAAAAUAAAAUAUUCUGUUUGUAAAAAGGAAUUUAAAUGUAUUUUUUAGUGAAAAUACGACAUUGAGAAUUUUCCACACAUUAAACACUCACUUUUUUCCCAGUGAGAUUAAAAUAAAGUUUCCUAUUGAUAUUUAAAUAGUUUCCUGUUGAGAUUUAAAUAAAGUUUCCCAUUGAGAUUUAAAUAAAGUUUAAAAAAAAUCCUACAGAGAUUUAAAUAAAAUGUUCUACUAAGAUUUAAAUAAGAUUUCCUUUAGAAAUUUAAAUAAAAUUUCCUGUAGAUAUUUAAAUAAAUUUCCUACUGGUAUUUGAAUAAAAUUCCCUACAAAGAUUUAAAUAAAAAAUUCCUAUGGAAAUUUAAAUAAAGUUUCUUUACUGUGAAUAAAAUGAGUUUUUAGCCAAAGAGUGAUCAACAAUCGCUGAUAUUUUGUCUACAAAGACUCAUUAAUCAGAGUAAUGACUGUUUUAUUUUAUUGAUUGUUUUAUGUUUUAUGGCAGUAAUGAAA